AUGAAUAUUAUUUCCUACAUAGUCUAUGGUUUUGCAACUCGUCUAUACUUUACUUACGCAUUGAAUAUAACAAAAAGACACGAUAUAAUACUGCCAGUUCAUCUCGGAAAUUAUGAUUUAGAAUUUGUUUUCAACUUUACACGCUAUCUACAUCGAACACAUCGUUUUCAUAGUUUUAUAGCUUUCAGUGAAAAGCGUGAAUACAAUAGAGCGGAACAUGUUAUUGUAAGGCCACUGGAACAGGCUCUAAUGGAAGAGUUUCAAGUACCAGUAGUGGUAUGGGGCAGAAAGUCUACAGCUAAGUUACGUUAUCGUAUUGGUGUUAACAAUUUGAUAUUUGUUUAUAUAUCAAAAGUUGAUGAUCCUAUACUCUCUGUGGUUAGUAGGACUCUGGAAGGUAUACACUAUAUGCCAAUGGUUUUCAUAUUCAAAAGAAAACAUAAUCGUCCGCCCACAAUGGAGGAAAUACAAUCAAUUUUUAAAUGGUGUUGGCAGGAGAAUAUAUUAAAUGUGGCCCUUACUUAUCAGAUUAUGCAUAGAAAAUGGAGUUAUAUAGAUAAUGCCAUGAGAUUGGAUAUAAAAAAUGAGGUUUUCAAUUAUACACCAUUUCCAAAGCUAACAAUUUUUAAUGCCACCGAACAGGCCUAUAAACAUGAGGGUUCAUUUAUUAAUGAUGAUCUAUUAGAUGUACAGGGUUAUAGAUUUUCAACACCCAUGUUUAUGGAUUCACCAACAGUGUUUCUGACUCACUAUGAAAAGCAUGGCAAUAAACGAGUAUUACUUUUUGUGACUGGUACCGCAGCACGCACCUACCAUGAAUAUAUACAUUAUAUUAAUGGCACUCUCAAUGUAAAGCCCACCCAUAACCUAAAUAUUGGCAUACAUCCAUAUUCUUCACUACUGCCUUAUGCUCAUCUUACCGAGGGCAGUUAUCCUGUCGGUUUAACCAAUGCCUGUGUUAUAGUGCCAGUAAAAGCAGAAAUUGCUCAUGGCCAGUAUAUACUAAGAGUAUUGCCCACGUUUAUUUGGUUGGUAUGGAUAGGAGAACUAUUGGCACUUUUCAUCUUACAAUGCGUACAUUUGGGACGUUUGGAUAUUGGCAGUGGUAUUAUUUACUCCUUUCGUACGCUUAUGUCUCAACCUUUAAAUGUACAAGAGUUUGAAAAACGUCGUGGUUUAUUAAGAUCUCUACAUCUAUUUGUAAUACUCUUAAGUGUUUUGGUUAAUUCGGGUUUUAGUGCAUCACUCACCUCUAUACUAAGCACCACCCUGGUGGGUAAACAAAUCACUAGUGUGGAAGAUCUCUUACAAUCAGGUUUACAAAUAAUGACUUCUAUCUAUGAAAAAGAAGUAUAUUUUGAUCAAAAUCUUUUACCUUCCACACUUAAACCUAUUUUACAUAUAGUCAAUGAAUCCGAGCUGGAAGAACACAAAGACAACCUAAACACCUCCUAUGCCUAUGUGGUCAAUAGUGAAGAAUGGGGUAAAUAUGAUUUUCAACAACAAUUAAUGUGGCGUCCACGAUUUCGUAUUGCCCAUACUAAACAUCUAUGUACAGUCCAACAGUAUUUACGUUUUCCACUACAAUGGGAUUCACCCUUUAUACAGAGUCUUGAAAUGUUUAUUAUAUAUACCACCGAUUCUGGUCUAAGACAAGCCUGGUCACACUGGAGCAUCUAUCAGGCUACACGUAUGAAAUUGAUUAAAAUUUGGAAACCUGAAGAGGAAAAAGAUGAAAAACCUUUUAGUAUCAGUCAUUUUAUAACAAUUAUUUUUAUUUAUUCUGCUUUUAUGCUGGCGGCCAUUUUAUGUUUUAUGGGUGAACCCGCCCAACAACAGAAUCAACAGCAACCAUUGUUGAAUAAAUCAAAUGAUGAUUUAAGAAGAAAACGCCCAGAAGCAGCACGGCCAAAUCAUAUUCUAUUAUUCACCAUUAUAAAUCCCUUUUAUCCCAUUACAGUUACUUAG